AAGGAAAUCGGUGUCCAGCGAUUUUAAUAUUCCACUGAUAUUUAUUUUUUGUAUGUAUGUACAGGUUACAAAAGUCGUGUAAUCCAAUAUAAGUGUUAGUGAUGACUUAUUGAGGUUUUGUAAAGAGUAAAGAGGAAAGGGACGGGAAAAAUACCAGUUACAUACCAGUAAAGUCAGUGGAGGGGAUCGGAAACGUAGACAAGAGACAAAACGUCCAAGUUCCCAUCAGUGGAAGCAAGAGAAAAACAUUUACACCGGCAAAGUAGGUUGUGGAAGUUGUUGUGUGAAUUGUCAUGUCUGUCUUUCCCCGUUGCCGCUUCGUCAACAGCUAUUUCGUUCGUUCGACCUCUACCUUCUCAUCAAACUCCAGCAAUACUUUCAUUGACAACAGGACUUUGAACAUAAAACGAUCGGAGUUUAAAAAAAAAACAUUACUUGGCUUUUCUGAUCAGUGUUCAACUUCACGUUCAUUUACUAGAUCAUUCAGUAGAACUUCAGCUGCCAUGGCUAAAAUAAAGGCGGGGCCAGUAGUGGACAUUUUGGGUGACGAAAUGACUCGUAUCAUAUGGGAGUCAAUAAAAGAUAAAUUGAUCCUUCCCUACUUAGACAUUGAACUCCACACUUAUGAUCUUGGUAUCGAGCAUCGCGAUGCUACGAAUGAUCAAGUUACGAUUGACUGUGCGGAGGCCAUUAAGAAGUACAACGUCGGUAUUAAGUGUGCAACGAUAACUCCUGAUGAGAAGAGAGUCGAGGAGUUCAAACUCAAGCAAAUGUGGAAGAGUCCCAAUGGGACUAUUAGGAACAUUCUAGGUGGUACCGUAUUCCGAGAGGCAAUUAUUUGUAAAAACAUUCCGCGUUUGGUUACCUGCUGGAACGAGCCGAUAAUAAUUGGCAGACACGCUUAUGGAGAUCAGUACAAAGCUACUGAUUUUGUGGUACCUGGUGCGGGGAAGCUGGAGAUAACAUGGACGGGCACUGAUGGCAGUAAAAUACAGCACACUGUGCAUGAGUUCAAAGGAGCUGGUGUUGCUCAAGCCCAAUUUAAUACUGAUGAGAGCAUACGCGCUUUUGCGCACAGCUCAUUCCAGUUCGCACUUGCCAGGAAGUACCCGCUGUAUUUAUCUACAAAGAACACGAUCCUCAAGAAGUACGACGGCAGAUUCAAAGACAUUUUCCAGGAGAUCUACGACGCCGAGUACAAGAGCAAGUAUGAGGCAGCUAAAAUUUGGUACGAGCAUCGUUUGAUUGAUGACAUGGUCGCCUAUGCCAUGAAAUCAAAUGGCGGAUUUGUUUGGGCUUGUAAAAAUUACGACGGGGACGUCCAAUCUGAUUCGGUGGCUCAAGGUUACGGGUCACUCGGGUUGAUGACCUCGGUCUUGAUCUGUCCCGAUGGCAAGACCGUCGAAGCCGAAGCUGCUCAUGGCACAGUCACGCGACACUUCCGUCAAUACCAACAGGGAAAAGAAACUUCGACCAAUCCCAUCGCUUCGAUCUUCGCUUGGACUCGUGGGCUCCUUCAUCGUGCGAAGCUUGAUAAUAAUCCAGCUUUGAAAAAUUUCGCUGAAACUCUCGAAAAAGUUUGCAUCGAUACCAUCGAGCAGGGCGCGAUGACCAAAGACUUGGCGAUUUGUAUCAAGGGUAUGGAUAACGUUAAGCGAUCAGAUUAUCUUGAGACUUUUGAAUUCAUGAACAAGCUCGCUGAUAAUCUCAAAAAAAGUCUUGGAAAGUGAAGCCAGAGCUCUGGUUUUAAAUGUCACUUAUAAUUAUUCAUAUAUUUUUGUUUAAUUUAAAUAUUUUUUAAAAAUUUUUUACAUUUUUGAAAUGUUUUUACCAUUCCCUGUAAAAUUUAUAUAAAUUUUUAUUAUGUCACAUGGAAAAUAUAUGAAUUUGUAGAAUUUUAAUAUAUAAAUAAAUAAAUAUUGAUAUAAAUUA